AGAGCAGACACCAGAGAGGAAAGGCCAUGGGUGACCUGUGAAACUGCCUGAGGCUGUGCAAAUGGGCACUGUUUGAGCUGCAGCGAUGCUCCCUUUCAUUUGCUUUCAUUUCCCUCAAUCAGUUUGUGUUUCAAUGAGCAGCUUGUGGAAUGUCCUGUCUUGGUAAUGGUGGAAGUUCCUCAAUCUCCUUGUGCUGUGGGUAAUACCCAGGAAAAGGCUAUUUUGGCACAUCAGAUUAGAGCGUGUGAAGGCUCCUCACCAGUGUGGGAGGUGGCCUGUGCAGGAGGAAGGCUGUGUUUGUGGCCACACUGGUAACAGGGACCCUUGGAGAAAAGUGAUCCUCUUGUAGAGAUGAUGAAUGACCAAGGGAGAGUCAGCCCUGGAACUGCAGCCCCGGCAGAAGAGAGAAGCUGCUCCUGCCUGAACAUCUGGCUCUUCCUCAUUUUUGCCCUUGCCAUCAAAGCUGCCUUGCUGACCAUCUGCCUUGGUGGGUUCCAGGGUCUCUUAAUUCCCGUUGGGAUGAAGGCCUCAGGUGACUGCCUUUGCUCAGUGGUUCCCUUCUGGCCCAGCAGUGAGCAGCCCACAGCCCUGCAGCAGCAGUUCUCGGAGUGGAAGUGCGACUCAGCAGUGCCACGAGGCACAGACCGAGGCUGGACGUGCUGCCCGAAGGGCUGGAGAAGGUUUCAGAGAAGCUGCUAUUUCCUGUCCUUUGAUAAGAUGAACUGCACUGAGAGUGAGCAGAACUGCACUGGGAUGGGCUCCCAGCUGGUGGUGAUCAACAGCAAGGAAGAGCAGGUUUUCCUCUCACAGCAAAUAGAACAAUUGUCUCUAAACAGAGAGAAUUUCUACAUUGGUCUGUUUGAGUACAAGACAGGCCAGUGGCAGUGGGUGGACAAGACUCCAUACAAUGUGACAGCAGCGUUCUGGCGAAAAGGAAAACCAAGUGAAGGCUUUGAUGAGAGCUGCACUGUAAUGCAUGUGCCUGAAAAAUCUCUCAAAAACUGGAAUGAUGUCAGACCGGAUCUGCUGUAUCAUCGGAUUUGUGAAGCUGCAGCAGUAACUUUGUGAUGGAAAUAUCCCUGUCCUGAGUAAAGCUGGGAGCAGAGCAGUGAGCUGGGAACAGCACUGGCGGUGCUGGGAGGAGCAUGGAGCCCUGACACAUCUUCACUGUGCGGGGUGGGACCAUUCCAAGUGAAAUGAGCUUUGUCCAGCAUAACCAGUGCAGUGGCUCAGGUAACAGAGGAAGGCUCAGGCUGAUCAAAGCAGGUCCUGUUUUCUUGUGUCCUCUUGUCUCUGAGUGGAUUCAGGAACCUCUGGCUGAAAAGAGAUGGACUUGUCCAGGAGGAAGACACAGGAAUGGAAGACAGAUAUCCAGAGAGUCAAUGUCCUUGUUUUCCUUGUGUAGAGCUGUUUGCUGUUUGUUGAGUCACACACAAAAUGUCCCCUAGCUGUACUGGUUUUGCUGAACGAAUUCUGAAAUCUUAGUCAAGAGAAAAUACAGUAUCACACCAAUGGAAAAAAGACCAGUGCUCUGUGUGCACAUCUGUCCUUUUCCAUCCCUAAGCUGUGGGGGCAUAAUUGUGAAUCAUGGAAUGUUUUGGGUUGGAAGGAUAGCCGAGUUUCAAGCCCUCUAGGUCAUGGGCAGGGACACCUUCCACCUUCCACCCCUUCCAGGCUGUUCACAUCCCCAUCCAGCCAGGCCCUGAACAUUUCAGGGACGGGACAUCCCCAGCUCCUAUGGGCAGCUGGUUCCAGUGCCUCACCUACCUCACAGUAAUGUAUUCCUUCCUAAUAUUUAAUCAGAACCUGCCCUCUGUGCAUUUAAAGCCAUUCCCCUUUGUCCUAUCACUACACUCUUGUGCAAGAAGGCCCUCCCAACAAGGCUAUUUCCAGUGUUUUUAUGUGGGCUGAGAGCUUGUGAACAUUAGUUAUGUAAAGAUGUUUAGAAAUGUAGGGUCUGACCUACUGUAAUAAAUUAUCCGAGAUUCCAUUGUCUUCAUGCAGGAAAAGCCAAUUCCCAUCACUUAUUUAACACAGUUUUCAUCACCUCGUGUGCAGCACCCUCUGGCUGGUCGUUUUCUAACCACUUCAUUUUUUGGUCAGAAGGUGAGUUAUGUGUAUGUGCUAAGAUUCAGGUUGUUCCCAUUUUUCCUUUUUGACUUCUCAUGGGACAGAUCUUAUUGUUUCCACAGAUGCACUCAUUCUUCAACCCAAGAACAGGUUGUUGUGUUAAGGAACCUGUCAUACCAAGAUGGUUUUCACAUGGAACUUGCAAAUCGCUUACCUACAUUUGGAAGAGAUGACAGGCCAGCUAUUAAUUUAAUAGAGCAGGCCUGAUUUUAUGAGGCCUUUCUUUUAUAAUUCUUCUACCUGUCACAACAUCUCUCCCUGUUUUAUUAAUUUAACUAAGGUCAUAUGUUCUGAUGUUAAAACAGUUUGCAUCUUAUUAGGGCUAUUACUGAUUAUCUGUUAAAUAUGGGACAAGAUAGAUAAAAAACCAAUUAUAAUCAACAAAACUUCUUAAAUCCAAUCAUGUCACUGACACAGGGUCUCACAGCAUGAGAAAAAUAAUGUCCAAUGUCUGUAAGGGAAAUUGAGAUAAAUGAACAUUGUUUUAAAGUCCAAAUUGUUAGGACUCAGGAGAAAGUCCACUAGUUGGAACUGUUGAUUCUGACAUCACUGAAUGUUUUUUGGGAUCCUGGAACAGGGACUAGCUGAAGAAGGUUAGUAGGAACACUGUACCAUGAUGAUGACAUAAGGCUUUUGCUGACAAGUUUCCUCUGUGAGUCUCCAGACACAGCCAUGCUCUGGCACCCCUGCUUUUGCUCCUGUUCUGAUUACGAAGGCUGGGUGGAGAUGAGUUCAUUUCUCUUCUCACUGAGCCUCACGUUCUCAGAGGCAAUGGAUGCCUGAUCAAAUGAAUAGACGACUACUUUUAACCUGUUGGUGGUAAAAACACAUGCAUAUCUUCUCUUUAACUUAAUGAAUCAAUUAGGCUUUGCUGUUGUACACUCAACUGAGAUUUAGAUUUAAUUAUCUUUUCUCCAAAUUUUGAAUGUAAAUAUUGCAUUAUUCAAAAUGAUUUGUUGUCUUAAUCUUUAAUGUCCGCAUUGGCUUAUUUGAACCUUCCUAAGGCAUUAAAUUCCUCUUUUUUUGUUUUUUUUUUAAAUGGGAUGCAUGUCUUUUGUUAUGAGUAUGGAGGGAACACCAGAACAGAACAAUAUAUGUAGUGAAACCAGAAACUUACAGCAAUCAGGAAUAAUGCAAAUACAACAAUCAGGAAUAUUUCAGAUAACAUACAUAAUUAUUAACACAUGUGAAAUUAGGUAAUUAGCAAUCUCUGAAAUGCUGUCCCAUCAUCCCAGAGUCUGCAAACAGCUCAAAAACCUCAAAUCAGGGAAAAAUUGGAUAAUCAUCUCUAGAAAAUGGUUCCCAAGCUCACUUCAAAACUAGGUUCAGCUGUCAUAUCAAUCGGUUCAAGUUGCUAAGUCAAAGGCACUUGAGCAUUGUUUUGGUGCAGAAAGCACCAGGGACUGCUGGCAAAUUUCUCAGGCAGGUAGAGCUAAGGCCUGGGCACUGCCUAAGCUCUAACUGGGAGAGAAUUCCCUAGACAAAUUUAAAACAAGGCUCUUAAGAAUCUUAGGGUGAAAGACUAAUCAAACCAUUUAAUAGCUGGUCUCCUCUGAAAUUCCCUCAGGAUAGAGAUGCUUUCAACACAGCAAACUGUUGGAAUGCCUCUGUAACCAGAACUGGGACUGCAUCUGAUUACUAGGAGUAAAGAUCACAAUACCAGCAGUUCAGAGGAGGCUUCUGAUGAAGCUCAGAUAUCAUUUCUUGGCACUCUGGAAAAUACUUUAAAAUUGUCAGACAGUACUGGAUCAAACCACUGAGCCCGUGAAGAGACUGCCUGGAGAGGUGGCCUGGUCUGAGAGAUGCAGGAGCUGCUAGAGAAGGAAAAGGGACCCUGGAAGGAAAGGUGUCUUGUGGAUAAUUACACAAAGAGAUGGUACAGCACAUGAAAGGCCGGCUACAUGACAAUAAUAUCAACCUGUGAAUGAUGGCCAUUAUCACAUCAGUAAAUUCACACUGUGUAAUUAAUAUCCUUACAG